AUGAGGCAGCGUACCAGUCAUUCCCGCCGGGCAGUCAUAGCCAACUACCCCGCGCCAUUGAGUGGUGCUAUCGCAGUCGACGCCACCCUCUCCCAGGCUCCUGGGGCACUGGAAUUCUCCUUUCCGCCUGGAUACAACAUGUACUCGGUUCUGUCCUGCCCGCCGCAUGCUGAGGGCAUCCCGCCCCUCCUCAACAUCACGGUCAGUGCGACGCCUGGCCUCAUACCUUCCCUCCCUCUCGACACAUCCAGCAUUUCGCUCCCCGAUCAUGACCUCCCCUCGCUGAACACAGAUGUGGAGUCCACGACGCGCCUCCUCCAACGCCAUCUCCCGCACGUCGACUACCCGGCCGCCAUCCAAUUACACUAUGAGGCCCAGGUGGUGCCGCUGUGGUACUUCAUCUUCCUCUCCCACUUCCCGUCUGACGCGCUCCACAUUGUCUACGGUGACUUCAACACAACACUUGGCCCCCUGGACGGUACUCCGAGUCCGCCCCUCCACGCGACCCUUGCGCUUCAAGACUGGAUGUCUCGGCUCCAUCUCGUUGACCCAUGGAGCCUUACCCACCCGGGCAAAGAAGAAUUCACAGGGCCCCACGGGCAUAGGAGGAUUGACAUGCUCCUCACUUCCCCGUCCCUGGCGACAAACCACCUCCACCGCGCCUCCCACGCUGUCGGCAUGAAAUGGCAUCUGUCCGACCACGUGCCCGUCCUAUUCACCUUUAACACACGCACAUGGUCUUCCCGCGAACACCGCACCCCAUGGCGCUGUCCCCUCUUGCUCCUCCGCUGCGCCGACAUACAAAAACACCAUCAGAAGACCCUGUCUACCCUCAUGACUUGCCUCGCAACUGCGCAUACCCACCCCAACUCUAACCCGGGUUGCCUCCUCGAUGAGCACAAACGGUCCGACGCGAUAUACCUCCGCACCAAAUUCGCCACACGACGCAAUGCCACAAGCAGGAAACUCGCCGACCUGCCCUCCGCUACCAGUCGCCCCGCCCAUAGUCACCCAACUGCGACCAACUUGACCGCGGCUCAGGCCGCCGAAACCGAGUACGACUCCUACUACGACCACCUCCGCGCCCAGGCCAAGGCCGCCCGCUUCGAUGACGCCCUAACUCACGACGAACGCUGCUCCCGGGAGUUCUUUCACCCUCCCUCCACCUCAGCAUACCCCACCACAAUUCCCGUUCACUCCGCCGGGGAACACGCCGUUGUCUCUCAGGGUUUCCGUUCCUACUGGGCCAACAUUUUCCGCAGCCCCUCUCGCGACAUCCAGCCCUACAUCCCAACAGACGACACCCUCCUCACUCGUCUUCUCCAAUCAACCUCCUUCUCCCUGACCCCCUCCUCACGUCAAGCGCUCGACGCCCCCUUCACUGCGUGGGACUUCUAUGAUGCGAUUACACAUACUGCCAAAGCACGAGCACAGGCCCUGAUGGCCUUCCCAUUGAUUACUUCCACCUCUCUCCGUCUGCCUGGUCUCAAGUCUUUCGCCUCUGCUACGACGCCCAACUCGCCAAAGGCCGCAUGA